AUGGAAGCCACGGCUACGUCAGUUAACAAGCUAAUAGAAAACCACCCGAGUUGGUAUCGCCUGAGAUUGUCAGUGGCCACAUUCCUUAGAAUCAAGGCUGUAUUGCGAAAACGGAAGGAGAUUAGAGGCCAGGGUUCUCUCGAGAUAGAUUCAGACCAUGGUCAAGCAAGGUCGGGCGUGAAGUCACUACAAGCUGAAACGAAGGUAGUGGGUGACUGCUGCGCACCGCUCUCAGUUCAAGAGUUUGAAGAGGCCGAGAUGGCCAUCCUUCGCUUUGUACAGUCGCAGUCCUUCAGUAGAGAGUUUGACGCUCUCAGACAAGUCAGUGACAAAGACGGUAGAGACGAACGGGGUCGAGCAAAGCAAAAGAAAAUGGUGCUGAAGAAAGCAAGUUCCCUAACUCGACUGAAUCCCUACAUUCAUGAAGGCCUCCUUCGUGUUGGUGGCCGCCUUAGCCGCGCUGACGAUCUUCCAGAAGAAACGAAACACCCCAUCAUCUUACCUCGCGAGAGUCACGUUACGAACUUGAUUAUCAAACGCCUGCACGAACGCCUAGCACACGCAGGCCGCGGUCGCACACUUGCUAAAUUGAGGAAGUACUGGGUCACCGGUGCCAAUGCUGCUGUUCGUCACCUAAUCGCAAAUUGUGUUACUUGUCGCCGUAAUCGGGCCCCUAUCGCUGAACAGAAAAUGGCUGACUUGCCUAAAGACCGAGUGACUCCAGCCCCGCCAUUUACGUAUACUGGCGUGGAUUACUUUGGUCCGUACAUGAUCAAAGAAGGUCGAAAGGAACUCAAACGGUACGGAUGCCUUUUCACAUGUUUAGCAAGUAGAGCAGUGCAUAUUGAGACCGCCAAUUCUCUCGAAACAGAUUCAUUUAUCCAGGUUCUGAGGCGAUUUAUUGCUCGUCGUGGGCCUAUCCGAGAGAUCCGGAGCGACAACGGAACAAAUUUUGUAGGCGCCAAGACAGAGUUGCAGCAAGCAGUUUAUGAAAUGGACAAUGAGCAAAUCAGAAGCAGGUUGCAUCAAGAGGGUACGGAUUGGAUUUUCAACCCACCGAGUGGCAGCCACAUGGGCGGCAUUUGGGAGCGGCAGAUUCGCACUACCCGCAAAGUACUCACUGUUCUACUCCAUGAGCAUGGCUCCCGUCUGGAUGACGAAUCCUUUAGAACUCUACUAUGUGAAGUUGAAGCUAUCAUUNCCGGCUGCGAGUUAAAAAAUACAUGUGCUCGAUCGAAGUGGGGAAUCGUUUCAACGCCCGUUUAA